UGUUGUUAACAUGAAGUGAAACCCAUUUGCCAUUAUUGCGUUUUAGCCAUUUUUUUUUCUUUUCUAAAAUCCGUCGUGUACGAGGUCGGAGGGUCAGUGGUUUGGCGAAUCGUCCUCUCUGAGUCGUUAAAAAUUGGGCACCUCCUGGCUGGCUGCUGCCUGAGUGGAGAUGUCCCGCGCAGAUGAUGCGUGACAAAACAAAGAGUUUAACUAACUAAGUGAUGCCUGACGCCGGUUACUAGUUCGGUGUCACUAUGGCUGCUUCAGUUUGACUAUGACCGAGUCCGCGUGUCUGUUAUGCUUCUACUUGUUUUGAGUGACUCAAGCGCCAUGGACACGGAAGGAAUCGUCAUUCGGAUAAAGACCCCCGGCGGGGACAUGGACUCAGCCGUGGACUGCCCGUCCCUUCUGAGCUUCAACGACUUGUUGGUGGCAAUAAGGGACGUGAUGCCAGAAGCCACCAUCACGGCCUUCGAGUAUGAAGAUGAGGUGGGGGACCGAAUCACUGUCAGGAGUGAUGAGGAGCUGAAAGCCAUGCUUUCCUAUUACUACAGCACGGUCAUGGAGCAGCGUAUGAAUGGAAUGCUGCCAGAGCCUCUCCAGAUCUUCCCCAGAGCCGGCAAGACUCCAGGGAUCCGGAACAUACAUGGCCUGAAGGUGAACACGCGUCCCGGCUCUGCCAUUGACUGUGCCCCUGCUGCUGCAGAGAAACUACCCAACAAUAGCUUAAAGAAGUCAUCAGCAGAGUUGAAGAAGAUUUUGUCCAAUGGGCAGAUAAAUGAACAAGACAUACGAUACCAGGAGCUCCUUGGUCAUGGAAACGGGGGGACAGUGUAUAAAGCAUACCAUCUCCUUGGCAAAAGGGUGUUAGCAGUUAAGGUCAUUCCUCUGGACAUUACAGUGGAGCUGCAGAAGCAGAUCAUGUCAGAGCUGGAGAUUCUCUACAAGUGUGAUUCUCCUUAUAUCAUUACAUUUUACAGCGCUUUCUUUGUCGAAAACCGGAUAUCAAUAUGUACAGAAUUUAUGGAUGGAGGCUCACUGGAUGUGUACCGGAGCAUUCCUGAGCACGUGUUGGGCAGGAUUGCUGUGGCGGUAGUAAAAGGUCUCACCUAUCUUUGGAGCUUAAAGAUUUUACACAGAGAUGUGAAGCCCUCUAACAUGCUUGUGAACACACGAGGGCAGGUGAAGCUCUGUGACUUUGGAGUCAGCACUCAGUUGGUCAACUCCAUUGCUAAAACAUAUGUGGGAACAAAUGCAUAUAUGGCGCCUGAGCGGAUAUCGGGUGAGCAGUAUGGAAUCCAUUCCGAUGUAUGGAGCGUAGGCAUCUCAUUUAUGGAGCUGGCUCUUGGCACCUUCCCCUACCCACAGAUUCAGAAAAACCAGGGAUCUUUAAUGCCUCUCCAGUUAUUGCAAUGCAUUGUUGAUGAGGACCCUCCAGUCCUUCCCGUGGGACAGUUUAGCGAGACGUUCAUUCACUUCAUUACACAGUGUAUGAAGAAACAGCCCAAAGAGCGGCCGGCACCAAACAACCUCAUGGACCAUCCCUUCAUCAUGAAGUACAACGAUGGCAAUGCUGAGGUGGUAUCCAUGUGGGUGUGUCGCUGUCUGGAGGAGCGGCGGGCUCAGCAGCUGCAGUCCCAAGGUGUCAUGUGACCUCACGAGGGCAGCGAGGGUGGUCUAGUGUCCUGAGAAGUAGGCCGUCUGCCCUCUGUCAAUCCCUCACCCCUCAGUGGACAGAAGGACCUCGCCAGAACGUCUGGCAAGACUGCUAGUUCACAGUGCGGGAAGCAAAGCACCGUAACCUCAGUCUGCGCAACACGAGGCUCCAGCAAAGCCUUAACAAAGGAAACAGGUGUUCCAGGAAAACCUUGAACCACCCCGUAUGAAAGUGUCCCCC